UUUAAUUUUGCUAUGGUUAAAUGUUUACCAACACCGUUUUUUGGUAAUCAGUCAUAUGACACCGGAUACGUUUGAUGUUCACAUUACGCUUUGUCACAAAACAUAGAAUUUAGGUGUUGGCCCCUCAUGAAUUUUGUACCCUCUCCGGGGGUUUGAAUAGCAAUAAAGCAUAGAACAUUGCACAGUACAAAAUUCGUACAAGGAACCAGCUUCACAUAGGAACAUGUCAGCUUCAGAGUGGACAUCGGACAAAUCCCUUAGACGUCAAAGGAACCUUACAGUAAAGGCUCAAAAGGCAUACCAAGUAAUUGUUCAGAAAUAUUGGACUACACUUACCGAAGUAAAACAGGACAUUUAUUUGUUGAUUCAAGCUAUUCGUGAAAGGACCUGCACAGUAUCAGAUGUUGAUACGCAUGUACGCCAAAAACUUGAACACUAUCGUCGAAACUCAGAUGGUUUUCAUAGAUACCUAUCAUCAAUUCGCACAAGAUUUAGUGACAUUGAAAUGGAAAAAAAUGAUCAGGAACUUAAAAACAUUGAAAAAGAAGUCCAGUUUUAUCUUAACAGAGUUGAUGAACAUCAAGGAACCUCAAAACAGGAUUCAAUGUCAGAACAAAACAUUACUGUGAUUCAGAAGGAACAAGAUUCAGAAGAUUUACUAACAGCUGUUCAGCUUAAGUCAGAGCUUAAAAGUGAGCCACCCAUGAAAAUAACAUUAAAGUCAAAAGCCAAAAGCAUUCGGUCAAAACUAUCUGGAAAGUCUAAAAUUUCCGACAAAUCAAAUGUUAAUUCAUUAUACAUUAAACAGAAAUUAAAAGUAGAAGAGUUGCGGGUUCGUGUGGAGUAUGCGCAACAGGAAGCAGAACUUUUAAAACAAAAGGCCAACGUUGAAGCAAGUAUUAAAGUUUUGAAUACUCAGCGAGAAUUUGCAGAAAGCCAAAAAGUGUUUGAAGUAUUAGACGACUGUAUGGAAAGUAGUGAAGAAGAAUUUGAAGAUAAACACUUGUCAGAGACUAGAGAAAAAAGAGUAAGACAGUUUGUCCUUGAUCAAAAUAAAAUUUUGGAUCCAAUAUCAAAUGGUGAUAUCCUAGUUCCUAAAACUGAUUUUGUUGAAAAAACUGAUACGAAACCGAAACAGAAUAUUUAUGUCGAUAACAACAAUCAAGAUAAUGAUUUAUCACCAGUGACUCAGAUUACUACACAACCAGAUCCAAAGGUUGUGCAAACUUUAGAUACUAAGUCGUGUACGUUGAACGCAAAGGCUGCACCAUAUUAUCCUACAACUAUUAAUAACUCUAGCGAGGAAUUGGCAAAAUUUAUUGUUAAAAAAGAUCUUCUGAUAUCUAGAAUACAAAAGUUUGAUGAUAAGGCAGAAUAUUUUGGAUCGUGGAAAAAAUCAUUCUGUGACACUGUGAAGGAGCUGAGCCUCUCAGCAUCAGAGGAAGUGGAUCUGUUGGUUAAGUAUCUGGGACCAGAGUCGACAAAGUCUGCUGUUAGUAUACGUUCAGCAAACUAUUUGGACUUGUCCAAAGCACGUGACCGUAUAUGGGAACGACUACAUGACCGUUAUGCUAGACCGGAAAUGGUUGAAACUUCAAUUAAGCAAAAACUUAUGUAUUUUCCUAAGAUUACAUACAAAGAUCCAAAACAAUUAUAUGAUCUAUUAGACAUUGUUUCAGAAAUUGCAGCCAUUAAAACUUAUGAGCAGUACCGUCCAUUAUUUUCAUACUUCGACUCGUCUGCGGGAGUUAACCCUAUUGUCGCAAAGUUACCCUACCAGUUGCAAGAGAAAUGGUCGACAGAAGCAAACAAGUACAAGGAAUAUCAUUCUUCUUCAUAUCCACCAUUUGAAGUGUUUGAACUAUUCUUAAGAAAAAUUGCACGCAUGAAAAAUGAUCCGUCAUUUAUUUAUGAGGAUACAGGAAUAAACUCAGCUAAGGUGCACAACAUGACAAAACCAAAACAAAGGCAGCACCAAAAUGUUUCAGUACUAAAGACUGAUUUGCCUGUUACGAAAAAUCAACAGUAUACACGGAACACUAGUGACACUGUAUGUCCGUUGCAUAAUACAAAUCACACGUUAAACAAAUGUCGACAGUUUAGAUUAUAGCCGAUAAGGAAACGUCAGGAUUUUUUGAAGAGUAAAGGACUUUGCUUUAGAUGUUGUGGUCAAAAGGGUCACCUAGCCAGAGAU